AUGAAUGAAUUAGACAUGAAUAUAUCGAAUAACAAUAACCUCAAUAUACUUGAUUUGCCUAAUGAAAUUUUAUUGAUUAUUUUUAACAAACUGAAUAAAGUCGACGUUCUCUAUUCACUUGUGGAUAUUACUCAACGAUUUGAUCAAUUAGUACUUGAUUCAUUUUAUAUUCGUAAUCUUAAUAUGACCUCUUUGACAAUGAAAUCAUUUUACGAUCGUAUCUAUUCAAUAGACAAUCAAGUUCUUGAAAGAAUUUAUAAAAAUAUUUUACCUCGAAUUUAUCAUCAAAUAAAUGAACUCUUUGUUGAACAAUAUUCAAUGGAACGUGUUCUUCAUACUAUAAAUUAUCCUCAACUUUACUCAUUAACACUUAUGGAUUUUUCAGAAGAAGUACUUUUCAAUCACUUAACAAGUAAACUAAUUUAA